GUCCGUGUCUAACACUUGCUUUACAUGAAACUUAAAAAUGGGACUCAGUCAGUUAUUUUAACAUUUUGAUUUAUUCGUUUUGUCCAUCGCUUGAGAAUACCAUCCAAAGUCAGCCCAAAAUCCCCCCGGUAACGUGCCCAUCAUCAUUUGUACCCCGGGCGAUUUAAUCAUGGAUUUCGUUCUCGGCGGCGUGGCUGCGUGCGGCGCUUGCAUAUUCACUAACCCGUUGGAGGUUGUGAAAACUCGGAUGCAAUUGCAAGGAGAGCUGAAGAGCCGAGGGACCUAUCAAAUUUAUUAUAGGAAUGUAUUUCACGCCUUUUACACGAUAGGUAAAAUAGAUGGACUGACUGGUCUACAGAAAGGUUUGGUACCCGGGCUGGUGUAUCAGUUGUGCAUGAAUGGGGUCCGGCUGGGCUCUUACGCCAUCAUCGAGUCCUUGGGAUACAUUCACACGGACGGAAGGGUAUCCGCUGCGAAGAGCACUCUGGCCGGGGCCGUUGCCGGUGUCGUGGGUGCUGUCAUGGGAAGCCCGAUUUACCUGGUAAAGACACAUUUACAGAGUCAAUCCACUUCCUCAAUUGCAGUGGGACACCAGUAUAAGCAUCGGGGAAUGAUACAUGCACUUUUGGCCAUCCACAGACAGCAUGGCAUUCUGGGUUUGUGGAGAGGGGCAAGUGCAGCAGUCCCAAGAGUCAGCGUGGGGUCAGCUGCUCAACUCUCCACUUUCUCUGCCUCUAAAGAGCUGAUCACUGACACACAGGUAUUCUCUGAGGGCAGUUGGUUAAUAGCUCUGAGUGCUGGUAUGAUCAGCAGUGUAGUGGUUGUAUUAGCUAUGACACCGUUUGAUGUGGUCAGCACACGCCUUUACAACCAGCCUGUAGACCAUCUUGGCAAGGGUGUAUUGUACAGAGGUUUUGCGGAUUGUUUCUCUAAGACACUGAAGAAGGAAGGUAUGACUGGUCUAUAUAAAGGUCUCGGAGCCUCAUACUUCCGGCUCGGUCCUCAUACCAUCCUUUCCCUGCUCUUCUGGAACGAGCUGCGCACUUUAUACCACAACUACAGCUAGCGUCUCACGACAGCCUGAUGUGGGCAUGCCAGUCAGCAAAGCAUUAUCUCUAUCAGCAUGAUCUGCUGGUUAAAGUCAUAUUAAGAUUGUUAUUUAAGGUUAGAGCCUUAUCCAAUAGUUUAGAUAUUAAUGUUUUAUAUUUUAUUAAGCUCUAGACAAAGUUUUUUAAAAGGUGGAAUACCUUAUCUGAUCAGCUAGAACUUGAAUGACACCCAAAAGAUCUAAGUUUUACAGACAGCCUUAAGAAGAGACUGAUAAGUAAUACUGUAAGAACUUGGUUUAGACAUUUACUGAAGGACAUGCAAGUGCUUACAAGGCAGGAAAAGAAUAAGGUAAACGUUUUAAGUAGGUGCACCUAUAAAUUAUUAUUAUUAUUUUGGCUGAUACUGAUUUUAACAAACAUUUUACCUUAUUUUCAUGUUUAUCACUGCCGAUGGUUUUAAUUUGGCCAAUAACUCGUUAAAAGAUUAGUUCACCCAAAAAUUGUCAUUCUCUCAUGAUUUUCUCACCUUUAAGCCAUCCCAGAUGUUUGUCUUUCCUUCUUC